AGGAAUACAAGAGGUCCAAUAGCAGGGUAUGUAAUGACAGAGACACGUUUUAAGAGACUGAUUACUUUUUGGAGAUUUGGCGAGGAGCAAGGGAAGUUUUCAAAGAUUAAUGUGCUUCUUCGCAUGUUGAACGCUAAUUUUGCUAAAUACAAAACACCGGGGCGCGUUUUGUUUGUGGGUAAAUCGACUUUGUACCUGCGACAGCGCUAUAUUUUUCAGAAAUUGGCCGACAGUCCCAAAAGAGCGCAAAUAAUUUUAAAAUUGGUCGACAACGAAACGUACAUUUACAAGGUGGUUGCUAUGCCUCCGACCUAUUUGACGGACGAUGGUAAAAAGAAACAAGCCGUUUUGGAGCUGUUAAAAGAUUACUUAAACCAGGGAAGAAUGGUUAUUUUCGACGACCUAUUUAUUUCCGUGGAUAUAGCGCAGAAUUUAGUCAGUAGGAAAACGCACGUUGUCGGUCCGAUACGUAAGAAGUCGAAAAGCAUUCCCGAAAAAGUUAAGAAGUUAAAGUUACAAAAUAACGAAGUGAAGGGAUUUCAGAAUCCACAGGGCAUAUCCAUUUUUAAAUGGAAGACGGACGAUUUCAGAGGCUGUGGAUUAAGUUCGUGUCAUUCCUACAACACUGUCGAAGUUGAAGAACUUAAUAGGCGGGAAGGAAAUGUAACUGUAACUAAAAAACAGUCGGAAUUUCUAAAAGAUUUUAGUAGCAGCGCCGAUGUGUUUGAAAUGGUUGAGAAACUCUGUACCACCGAAAGUCCAUUAAAUGACGAAACCACAUGGUACAGAAGAUUGGCGGCUGAUCUGCUGGCAAGUACGUGCGUUAUCAACGCAUAUCUCGUCUAUAGAAAGUUAACCAAUGACACGACGCGAAAAUUUGACGAUUUCCAAGAUUAUUUGUUUAAACAAUUGGUAGGGUUUACGUGGUACUUAGAUAACGAAAACACCAGCGAGGAGGGAUAGUUUCUAUAAUCUCAUUUUUUUGUUUUGAAAUAUAAUGUGUAGAAGAAUAUAUCAUCGAUGU